GAACGCGAGCGCUGGGCUACCCGAAAUCACCUGUCAGAGACCAUUACGGAAAUGCAUAGAUUUAACACAUGCCGUUCGAUUAAGAGUCGAAUCCUCGCCGCCGUUAACAGCAACAAGUGGUCGGAAUUUUGCCACACAGGUACCGUUGAAGUGAUCAAUCCUGAUUACUGUCUCGAAAACGAAAGUGUCGCUUCAAACGCCGUCAGACAGCUGCUGAAUUCAUUCGAAGAAAUUGAUACCAUCUGCCACCGAGACCCGGGUGUGACUCUGCACGAGAGGUUCGAGAACGAGAAAUUAUGUGAAUAUCUUGAGGUUGAUUUUCAAGUUCACUCUUUGUUCUACACCACUGCUUUCCUUCUGAACGGCUGUUCCACCGUCUCAUUGGCUUCGGCGCUUCUUCCGGCAUCGUUUGCCGUUAACUGA